CGCACGUACACAGUUGCACACUGACUUAUACCACUGGUUUAUCAAGUCAACCAGUGCCAUCAUGAAGGUGAUAGGUAAUUAAAAACUGUUGGACUUUAAACUUAAUUUAAUUUUGUUGACUCAGUACGAGAAAGGCAUUUAUAUAAAGGUCCGAGUUCAUCGGAGAAUCUCAGUUAGUGGUCCCCUUUGAACGGAAUUUUAGUUUCGACACAAUGAGAGCACCGGAACAAUUACGUUUCGACGGUCGCGUAGUUAUCGUAACGGGAGCUGGAGCAGGUUUGGGCCGUGCAUACGCCCUGCUAUUUGCUUCGAGAGGUGCCAGCGUUGUAGUAAACGAUUUAGGUGCAAGUAGACACGGUGAUGGGAGCAGCAAAGUGGCAGAUACAGUUGUUAAUGAAAUUAUUAAGAAUGGUAAGAAUAUUUCUUAUUUACUGUGUUAUGCAUUCUAUUUGAAUCGACAUGAGUUUGUUUUAUGAAAUAUUUAUUACUACACAUA